AUGUUAAGAAUAUUUAGUAAAUGUAGAUUCUCAAGUGUUAAUUUUUAUUAAUUAUUGGGAGUUAAAAGAGAUGCAACAAAUGAGGAAAUAAAAAAACAAUUUCACAUAUUAGCAAAAUAGCAUCAUCCAGAUUCUCCAAAUGCAAAGGAGAGUGAUUAAGUAAGAAUGAAUAUAAUUGAAAGGAAUUAUUUAAAUCAAUAGUAGCAGCAUAUAAUACAUUAUCAGAUGAGAAUGAGAGAAAGAAAUACGAUAGAACUUUAAUGGAAUAAUAACAAUAAUAUAGUGGUACAUAAUAAAAUUAGGAGACAAGAAACUAAUAUUCUUAAUAAUAAAGAUAAUAAUAAUAUUAAUAGAGACCGAUAAAUCCAAAUAAUCAAUUUUAUUAUGAUUUUAGAAGGAAAACAUAAGAUUUUGAAGAGAAAGACUUUCAUAGAUAAAGAAAUAAAUAUAUAGAAGAUAAUCCAUUAUUUCAUAGUAUGAGAAAGAGUCCAGAAUUGUAUGUAGUGAGUUUGAUAUUAUUUGUAAUAAUGUGGAGAUGGAAUUCAUAAAUGAUAGAGGAGAGAACAUAAUCAAGAUAUUAAUCAUUUCCAGAGGAUCCUGAAUUUAUAAGAGAGAAGGAAAGAGAUUAUAAGAAACGUUAUGGUUAUUCACCAUAUCCAAAUAGAUAAAUAUUGUAUAAAGUAACAGAAACUGAAUGCAAGUAAUAGAUUACAUAAUAUAUAUAGGAAUAUUCCAAUAGACAUUUUAGAUGAGAUGGAUGAAAGUGGUAGAUAUAAUUUAGCACCAUUGUGUUAUGAAAGAUUAGAUAGAUUUAGAUCUGAAUAAGGAGCAUAAGUAAUAUAGGCAAGUCAUCAUUCAGAAGAUACGGUAAAUUAAUACUUAAAAUUGUCAAAAAAUAAAGGUUUAAAUAAAAAAUAAAUUGUGGACGAGGAUGAUGAUGAAGAUGAUGAACAAGAAGAUGUUUCUAAAUUAUAUUAAUAAGCUAAAAUAUUUAGAAGAGUUAAAGGUAUAGAUGGUAAUCAUCUAAAUAAAUAAAAUAUUUAAACAUUAAAUAUUAAUAGAGAAUAAUAAUAAUAAUAAUAAUAAUGA